GCUCCGGGUCGGUUCGGUGCUGCUGGGCCAGGUUCGGGCGCGGAGCGGAACGGAGCGUCGCCGGGGUCCCGAUCCGCCACCGCCGCCACCAUGCCGGCCGUUUCCAAGGGAGACGGGAUGCGGGGCCUGGCCGUUUUCAUCUCCGACAUCCGGAACUGUAAGAGCAAAGAGGCCGAGAUCAAGCGCAUCAACAAGGAACUGGCCAACAUCCGCUCCAAAUUCAAAGGAGAUAAAGCCUUGGACGGUUACAGCAAGAAGAAAUAUGUCUGCAAGCUGCUCUUCAUCUUCCUGCUGGGCCACGACAUCGAUUUUGGGCACAUGGAAGCCGUCAACCUGCUCAGCUCCAAUAAGUAUACAGAGAAGCAAAUUGGUUACCUGUUCAUUUCGGUGCUGGUGAACUCCAACAGCGAGCUGAUCCGCCUCAUCAACAACGCAAUCAAGAACGACCUGGCGAGUCGCAACCCCACCUUCAUGUGCCUGGCCCUGCACUGCAUUGCGAACGUGGGCAGCCGUGAGAUGGCGGAGGCCUUUGCCUCUGAGAUCCCCCGCAUCCUGGUGGCUGGUGACACCAUGGACAGUGUGAAGCAGAGUGCGGCCCUGUGCCUCCUGCGCCUCUACAAGACGUCCCCGGACUUGGUGCCCAUGGGCGAGUGGACGUCACGGGUGGUGCACCUCUUGAACGAUCAGCACAUGGGGGUGGUGACUGCCGCCGUGAGCCUCAUCGCCUGUCUCUGCAAGAAGAAUCCCGAUGACUUCAAGACGUGCGUCUCCCUGGCUGUGUCCCGGCUCAGCAGGAUUGUGUCCUCGGCCUCCACAGACCUCCAAGACUACACCUAUUACUUCGUGCCAGCCCCCUGGCUCUCCGUCAAGCUCUUGAGGCUUCUGCAAUGCUAUCCUCCCCCAGAAGAUGCAGCCGUGAAAGGCCGUCUGGUGGAGUGCCUGGAGACGAUCCUCAACAAGGCCCAGGAGCCGCCCAAGUCCAAGAAGGUCCAGCAUUCCAACGCUAAGAACGCCAUCCUUUUUGAAGCCAUCAGCCUCAUCAUCCACUACGACAGUGAACCCAACCUGUUGGUACGGGCAUGUAACCAGCUUGGGCAGUUCCUACAGCACCGCGAGACCAACCUGCGGUACCUGGCUCUGGAGAGCAUGUGCACGCUGGCAAGCUCAGAAUUCUCCCACGAAGCCGUCAAGACGCACAUCGAGACUGUCAUCAACGCCCUCAAGACGGAGCGAGACGUGAGUGUACGCCAGCGGGCUGCUGACCUCCUCUACGCCAUGUGUGACCGCACAAACGCCAAGCAGAUCGUCUCGGAGAUGCUGAGCUACCUGGAGACAGCGGAUUACUCCAUCCGUGAGGAGAUUGUGUUAAAGGUGGCCAUCUUGGCAGAGAAGUAUGCAGUGGACUACAGCUGGUACGUGGAUACCAUCCUCAAUCUGAUCCGUAUUGCUGGGGACUAUGUGAGCGAGGAGGUGUGGUACCGAGUCAUCCAAAUAGUAAUCAACCGGGACGAUGUGCAAGGCUAUGCUGCCAAGACGGUCUUUGAGGCCCUGCAGGCUCCUGCCUGUCAUGAAAACAUGGUGAAGGUUGGCGGUUAUAUCCUAGGGGAGUUUGGGAACCUCAUCGCAGGAGAUCCUCGCUCCAGCCCUCUGGUGCAGUUCAACCUGCUGCACUCAAAGUUCCACCUGUGCAGUGUCUCCACGCGGGCCCUGCUCCUCUCAACCUACAUCAAGUUCAUCAACCUCUUCCCCGAGACCAAGGGCACCAUACAGGAAGUGCUGCGCUCCGACAGCCAGAUCCGCAACGCCGACGUAGAGCUGCAGCAGCGAGCCGUCGAAUACCUCAAGCUCAGCUCUAUCGCCAGCACCGACGUCUUGGCCACAGUGCUGGAGGAGAUGCCUCCAUUCCCCGAACGCGAGUCAUCCAUCCUGGCUAAGCUCAAGAAGAAGAAGGGCCCCGGAGCUGGGAGCGAGCUGGAUGACAGCAAGAAGGAUCCCAACUCAGAAAUCAAUGGGGGCAUGGAGCCCUCGGCCAGCACAGCUUCUACGCCGUCCCCGUCUGCUGACUUGCUAGGCCUCCGGGCAGCUCCUGUCGCCGCCUCCGGUGCCCCCGCCAGCGCUGGCAACCUCCUGGUGGAUGUUUUCUCUGACAGCCCCUCAGCCGCGACUGGCCUCGUGCCCGGCGCCGAAGAGAACUUCCUGAGCUCAGGGGCUGCCGCUUCUGUCUCUGAGGAUCCCACUUUGCCUAUUGCCGAGGCUGACGAACUGCUUAACAAGUUCGUGUGUAAGAACAACGGCGUGCUCUUUGAGAACCAGCUGCUGCAAAUUGGGGUGAAAUCCGAGUUCCGACAGAACUUAGGCCGAAUGUAUCUGUUCUACGGGAACAAAACGUCUGUUCAGUUCCAGAGCUUCACCCCUACAGUCACCUACCCGGGAGACCUGCAAAGUCAGCUCAACAUCCAGACGAAAGCGGUGGAGCCCCUGGUGGAAGGGGGCGCUCAGGUUCAGCAGGUCUUGAACAUCGAGUGCCUGAGUGACUUCACGGAGACCCCCCUCAUCAACAUAAAAUUUCGGUACGGUGGAACACUGCAGAAUCUUACGCUCAAGUUGCCUAUCACCGUCAACAAGUUUUUCCAGGCGACCGAGAUGCAAUCGCAGGAUUUUUUCCAGCGCUGGAAACAACUCAGCCUGCCGCAGCAGGAAGCCCAGAAAAUCUUCAAGGCAAACCACGCCAUGGAUUCAGAGGUGACCAAAGCCAAGCUGCUGGGCUUUGGCAGUGCCCUCUUGGAGAAAGUGGAUCCAAACCCCGAUAACUACGUAGGAGCUGGGAUCAUCCAGACGAAGGCGCUGCAGGUGGGAUGCUUGCUGCGUCUGGAACCCAACGCCCAGGCACAGAUGUACCGGCUGACCCUCCGCACCAGCAAGGAGUCCGUUUCGAAGCACCUUUGUGAGCUGCUCUCUCAGCAGUUCUGAGGCGUCGGCAGCACAAGGGGAGGGGAGG